UGACCAUCGUAAACAGGAAGUGCCUACAAACCGUUCUGUUGCCCCUGCAGCGUUCGAGAGUCGCAAGGCUGGAGUCGGACAGUAAGAAAACAAAAAAUCUGCCCAGUACGACAGAAAUGUUGUCAGAAACUAUCGCUGUUUGACAGAGGAAGGAUGACUUCAGCAAAGAGAAGACCCCUGUGGUGAUCAGGAGAAAUGCAGCAGGUCUUCUCACUCAGUCAUGGUGAUCUGCAGUAGCCAUGGACCCCACCACGUCGUCCACCUACGUUUACGGCAGGUCUGCUACCGAAGACCACUUGGAGGACUGGGAUCUCCUCCCCUCUGUUUCUGCCGGUGCUCCGAGACAAGAGGCGUGCAGUAAGGAUCAAGAGGCGGAGGAAAGAAGCAAAUUCAAAUCCCGGCUGGUCUCAGCGUGGAACAGCGUCAAAUACGGAUGGUCCUUGAAGCAGAAGUCGAAAUUUAACAAGAGCUCCCCGCUUAUCAUGCUGGGGAAGACCUACAAUCUCAAUAACGACGGGGAAAAAGAGAGUUUCCGUAGCGCCUUUGCGUCCUUCCUGUGGCUGACAUACAGACGGGGCUUCCGUCCGCUGCCUGGCUCCUCUCUCACCACCGACAGCGGCUGGGGGUGUGUCCUGCGCACGGGCCAGAUGCUGCUGGCACAAGGCCUGCUCGUACACCUCAUGCCACCAGGUUGGACGUGGGCUGUAAAAUGCUGCGCCGUCAAGGACGACUUGGACCUGCUUCACCCUGCGGACAAUGCAGAGUGUGAAUGGGCGAGAGAAGAAGGGGGAAACAAGAGAGGACGUAAACUGAGCGUCGGUUCCCUCCUGGACAGGCCCAAGCUGGCCAAGCACAGAAUGGUGGUGUCCUGGUUUGCAGACCACCCUGCAGCCCCGUUUGGCAUUCACAAGCUGGUAGAGUUGGGUAAAAGCUCAGGGAAGAAGGCUGGCGACUGGUACGGUCCAUCCAUUGUGGCGCAUAUCCUGAAGAAAGCUGUAGCCGCUUCGGUGGACCUCCCCAAUCUAGUUGUCUAUGUUGCUCAAGACUGCACAGUCUACCUCCAGGAUGUAAGAGGGUUGUGUGAACGGCCCCCUCCUCACUGCUGGAAGUCUGUCAUCGUCCUGGUUCCUGUACGGCUCGGAGGACAGGAGCUCAAUCCCUCCUACAUCUCCUGCGUCAAAAAGCUGUUGAAGCUUCAGUGCUGCAUUGGGAUCAUUGGCGGCAAACCGAAGCACUCUUUGUUCUUCGUUGGCUUCCAGGAUGACCAUCUGCUGUACUUAGACCCUCACUACUGUCAGCCUACGGUGAACAUAAAAAAGGACAACUUUGCUUUAGAGUCAUUUCACUGUAAAUAUCCCAGGAAAAUGGCCUUUUCCCGCAUGGACCCCAGCUGCACCAUAGGUUUUUAUGCAGAAGGACAAGAUGAGUUUGAGAGCAUGUGCGCAGCAGUAAAUGAGGCUGUGUCCACGUCUGCAGAGACGUACCCCAUGUUUAUAUUUUCCGACGAGAAACGUUGGGAUGUGGAGGAGGAAGGCAUCCCCCGCACAAACAGCAUCACUUAUCUCCAGAGAGAUAAUGUACUGGACAACGAAGACGGCAACAGCAUGGACGAGUUUGUUCUAAUAUGAACGGCAAAAAGGACAAGAUCUGCUUUGCUGCUGCGACGUCUGUGUGGAAACUGUUGAGCAGGAGAACAAACGGACUCACAGACUGUUCUGGGCCACGAGCUGCAGGACCGGGUCAGGGACACCAAAGGUUCAGGGACAGAAGCCGAUCAGGUUUCAGUCAUGACUUUGCUGUAUUUUUAUUGAUGUUUUCUACAUCCUUGAAAUAGUUUUGACUUCAAAUAAAGAACAUUUCCAGUUUUUCAUUUCUGCUGAAGAACUUUCCGGAACAAACAAAUGUUCUUGUCAUCUCACUGUGCUUGAGAUCAGUGCUGUACUCUGAACAGACUAGAGAGACGUGUUACUGUGCAAUAUCUUAGUUUUAUGCUCAUGCUGUUAGAGAAGCUGCUCUUAAUAUGGACUGGAGAAGUAGGGUCCAAAAUUCUGAUUUGCAACCCUAUUUAAAUUAAAAGAAGUUAAUACAAAUAAACUCUCUAAAUGAAUCUGUUUCUAUGAAA